ACAAUGUAUAAGCAAAUUUAGUAAGUCCUUGUUGGUUUUGAAUUUGCAAGAAAACAACUUCGUAGGUUCAAUUCCUACAACUUGGGCAAUUGGAAACAAUCUAAAGGUGAUUAAACUAGGACAUAAUAAUUUGCAAGAAAAGCUACCAAAAUCACUGACCAACUGUAGAAUGCUGGAGUUUCUUGAUCUUGGUAACAAUCAUAUCAGAGAUACCUUCCCUUCUUGGUUGGGAACUCUUCCCAGUUUAACGAUUCUCAUUUUGCGAUUUAAUAGGUUCUAUGGUGCAAUCAAUGUUCCAAAGUUGGAUUCCUGGUUCUCUAGUCUUCAAAUCAUUGAUCUUUCUCAUAAUGGAUUUAUUGGCCUUUUACCAACAAAAUACCUCAAGAGGUGGAAUGCUAUGGCAGAUGUAGUUAAGGAGAAAACAACAUACCAGCUAGCAUAUCACUAUUCUAUGGUUCAUAACAUCGCCUUUGCCCAUCCAUAUCAUUACUCAAUGACAAUGACAAUGACAAACAAAGGAGUGAGGAUGGAAUAUGCAAAAAUUUUAGAGGUUUUCUCUGCCAUUGAUUUUUCUUGCAACAAAUUUGAGGGAGAGAUUCCAGAAGUAGUAAGGAGUUUAAAGGGAAUUCGACUGCUUAAUAUUUCCAAUAACAAUCUUGUCAGUUCAAUCCCACCAGCAUUGGGAAAACUUAUGAAUCUUGAAGCUAUGGACCUUUCUCACAACAAGCUCACAGGAAGCAUUCCCCUGCAGCUAACACAGCUUAAUUUUCUUAAAGUCUUCAAUGUGUCUCACAACCAUUUGAUAGGACCUAUCCCAAAAGGCCAGCAAUUUGAUACAUUUGAUAACAGCUCAUUUGAUGGGAAUUCAGGCCUGUGUGGAUUGCCACUGUCGAGGAAAUGUGACAACCCAAAGGCCUCACCUCCACUAUCUUCACCUUCUAAAGGAAAUGAAGACUUUGGAUUGCUAGUUGAAUUUGGCUGAAAAGCGGUGGCGUUGGGUUAUGGAUGUGGAUUCCUUCUUGGUGUGGUGAUUGGAAACAUUGUUUUUGCAAAAAUACGUAAGUGGUUGAUGAGGACUUACCGAAUCAGGGUGUCAAUGAGCUGAAGGGUGAGGAGGAUCGAGUGAAGAUGAAUGUUUAUCUGUUGGUGGUAGCCUUUGGCUGUGUAUUUCUUUUGCCUACGUUUCUCUGUUUUCUUCUUUUUGUUUUGUGUGUGUGAGUUAUAAUUCAAGUAGAUGGAGUGCAAAACCAAUGUAUUGUGUGGAUUGUUGUACUUUAAAAAGCUGCAUCAAUAAAUUUCACUUCAACUU